AUGAUCUAUGCUCUGCAAACGGCUGAUCCCAAAGCACGUGUUCUGGUGACGGUACCGACUCACAAUGCAGUGGAUAACAUGAUGCGUCGGUAUAUUCAGCGUCUCCAGAAACAGCCAUUUGCUAGAAAGACUCAGUCAGAUCUGGUAAGAGUCUCAACUGAGGUGAGGUCUGCUAACUAUUUGGAGUUGCAAAAAGUUGUGGAUGAUCUGCGUAAGUAUACAUGCAACGCCAUGGCGGGACAGGAGAUUCAUUCCGACUACAAGGCUCUGAAGAAGGCCACGGAAAUGGCAAAACGUAGCGACACCAUCUUCACUAUCUGCAUUGGAGCAGGUAUUGGGUUAAAUUGCUCAGAGUUCUUUGACAUCGUCACUGUUGAUGAGGCUUCUCAACAAACAGAACUGAGUUCGCCAGUCCCACUUGUGAAAGGCUGCUCACAGGCAAUUUUGGUUGGAGACCAUGUACAGCUACGGCCGACUGUCAAUCAGACUGCCUUGGCGCUCGAUUUUGACAUCUCACUCUUUGAGAGACUCUACACCAAAGUCAAGCACUCCAAGGGCAACGGAGUCUUGAGGGCGUUGAUAUUGGACACGCAGUAUCGUAUACAUCCAAAGCUAUGCGAGUUCAACUCAGGGCAGUUCUACGAGGGGAGGUUAGAGUCAGGCAUCAGCAGCUCCGCUAGGCCACCUAUUAGAUCUAACUUCCCAUUCCCGCCAGCAAGGGUAACGAAACAGAGAAGAGACCCAGGGACGAUAGACUAUGAGCGGGCUAUGUUCAUCAACUGCGACGCAAACGGUCCAGAACCCGAGAGCCCGUCGCACUCAAUCGUGGUCUUAACACCAUAUACUCGCCAAGCCGAAGUCCUCAAGCGCAUGCUCUCCAGUAUACCCUACCGAAUCGAAGUCUCGAGUAUCGAUGGGUUUCAGGGUCGUGAGGCGGACGUCAUCGUGUUUGUGACCGUGCGAUGUAAAGAGCACCGUGAGAUCGGGUUCUUGAAGGACAUGCGAAGGAUGAAUGUUGCUCUGACUCGGGCAAGAUGA